GGAAGAAGAAUUAAAAACAACAGCAGCUCCGCUGGGCGAGUGACAUCGAGAGAGAAGAUACGAGACUAGUUGCUAACAUUGUUGAAUUCUGUUAAUUGCUAUAGAAUUUGUAGUAUCAAUUAGUGUUGUUAUUUAGCACAAAUAUGUCUUUGUUGGGGAAGUUAUUUGGCGCUGGAGGUAAAGGUGGGAAAUCGGCUAGCCCUCAGGAGGCGAUCCAGCGACUUCGAGACACUGAGGAAAUGUUGACGAAGAAACAGGAAUUUUUGGAGAAAAAGAUUGACCAGGAACUCAUCACUGCGAAGAAGAAUGGCACAAAAAAUAAAAGAGCUGCUCUGCAGGCCUUGAAACGGAAGAAGCGGUACGAGAAGCAGCUGGGCCAGAUCGACGGCACGCUGUCCACCAUUGAGUUCCAGAGGGAGGCGCUAGAGAACGCCAACACCAACACCGAAGUGCUGAAGAACUUGGGCUUUGCUGCCAAGGCCAUGAAGGCAGCCCAUGAAAACAUGGACAUAGACAAAGUGGACGACUUAAUGCAGGACAUCACAGAGCAGCAGGAGCUGGCACAAGAAAUCUCUGACGCUAUUUCUAAACCCGUAGGGUUUGGAGAGGAAUUUGAUGAAGAUGAUCUCUUGGCAGAAUUGGAAGAACUGGAACAAGAGGAACUAGACAAAAACCUGCUAGAAAUUGCCAGCACAGAGAAUGUACCGCUACCAAAUGUACCCUCUACAUCCCUACCUGCAAGACCAGCAGUACAGAAGAAGCAAGAGGAAGACGAGGACGACAUGAAGGAUCUGGAGGCAUGGGCCGCCAACUAGCCACUGCUGUUACUCCAUAGCUGCUACAGGUGGAAAAGAAAGACUCUAUGGUUUCGUGUGAUGUGUUUGUAUUUGAGGAAGGAAUAGGGAAACUCUAUGAAUAAACAGACUUUAAAAAUAAAAUGGACAAAAAAUCAACUUGACAACCUUUCGCUUACUGUCAAGCUCAGCCUCCUAUAGAGGGACAAUGGCAUGUUUUACCUUUGACAACCAAAAGCCCCAAAUCUCUGGAGCAACCAAACAGAAAAAGCUAAUUAGAAAUGUGUUUUUUUCUGUACGUCCCUCAUUCUCUUCUGUAAAGCAUUGCUGCACUCCCUCCACCCCCCCUUCUCUUAGCCCACAUAAUAUAUUUUGAAGAGAAAGUAUAAAAAUGACUCCUCAGACUAACUUCCAUGUAGAAUUUCUAACACCUCAUACCGUUAAUGUGUAGUGCAACAAGAUAUUACAAUAUCCUGUAUUCAUUUUUGUUGUUUAUGCACAAUAUCGGUGUCGUGUUCAAAUGGCAAUCAGCUGUUCUUGAAUCCGUUUAUUAAAAUAUGCACUUAUAAUAUAUCUAUUGUACAUUAUAUUUAUUAAUAGCAAUUUCCAGCGUGGAGAAUUUGAUUCCCAUUUUUAGGGCUAUUGGUGUUUGGGUUAAAUUUGCUUUUGGCUGGAUUUAUUGAACUAUAUCAUGAAUAUCCUUCCAGAUACUUUGGCUUUCAAACAGGCAAUUAUCUAUGAGGGAAACUCCACACAGUGUCCUUGAAAUUCUUCUCUGGGCGAUGGUUCACACGGUUACGUAUCUUUUGAAGUGAAUGAAUCUAACCUAACCUCCAACUAGUUACAUUUUGCAAAUACAAUUACAUUUCUCUUGAAAUAUGUUUCUACUAUGUCUGUUCUGGUUUGUGCAACUGAAGUGACUGCCCUUCUAUGAGUGUGUUUGUUCAUUUUCAUCUUUAAGAGAUGGUUUAAAAAAAAAAGUUUAUUAGGGUGUUUGGGCUUUUCAGAGUUAUGUAAUUUUUUUGUUUUAUGAUAUGCUGUUGUGUAUAGGAAGAUAAUUAAUUGAUUGUAUUCAGACUCCAGGCAGUCAGGUUUAUUUAACAUCAUGGCUUUUCUGAGUUUGUGAACUUACCCCACUAUUUUAUAGUUCACCGUGCUGCUUCAGAUGUUUUCAAAUUUCCUCCCAAAUGUAUUUUUUCUGUUUUAAAUUUAACUAAUGUAGUAUGACAGCAUUAUGUUAUGUCUGACAUGCUCUGAUUAGGUUGUGUGUGUUUGUAUACGGGGCUGUUUCUUGCAGUCUGGUUCCUGUUUUUGUUUGGUCUGUCUUCCUACCCUGCCUAUCACAACUUGUUCUUGUUCUAAUGGUAUGCCUAAAUUAAACCUUUUGCCAAAUGA